AUGGAUAUUUUUGGUGGCGCACCUCGUGUUUUAGGCUAUCCACGUCCUGUAGUGGCCCAGUGUGGAACAGAUGCAACACUGAAGUGCCAAAUUGGUGGAGACCCACGCCCAGAUGUGAUCUGGGAACGCAAAAAUGUCCAGAUCCUGUCUGAAGGACGCUACAAGAUCUCGGAGGAGGGAAAGGUUUACUUGCUGACCAUUACCAGAGUGACCCAGCAGGAUGCUGGCCAGUACAUCUGCAAGGCUAGAAAUAGCAUAGGAGAAACCUAUGCAGCAGCCUCACUUAAAGUUGAAGGAGAGGCCCAGCAACAAGAUGAGGACGCAAGACAGUUAGUGGUCAAUGGUGGGGCGCAACCUAUGCAAGAAAAUGGAGAAUUUGUGGGACACCUAAAUGGCUACAAUGCAGUGCAAAAUGAGGUUGAUCUAACAUCUGAUGACAGACCGCGAUUCCUCAUCAAGCCCCUGUCUUUGCGUGUGGAUCGGGGCGAAGACGCCGCCUUCUCCUGUAAAAUCUGGGGGACCCCUCUGCCAGAGGUGAUUUGGGAAAAGGAUGGGAAGAAACUCAAUGACAUCUUUGAGAGUUCUCACUUCAGCAUGAGGAAUGAAGAUGGUGGCUGGUUCCAACUCAAGAUAUAUCGGACGCGUAUGCCAGACAAAGGCGUCUACACCUGCAAGGCCGUCAACUGCCAUGGUGAGGCCCUAGCUGGGGCCGUCCUUCUUGUCGAACCCGUACCAGAGCGAGGAGACAGCAAAACAUCCUCGACCGGUCACACUAACAGCCAGUGGUCACCAAAGCACAGGGGUGGGAGGCCCAGUUUGUCAAGGAUCACAGCAGAGCCACCUGUCGAUGCGUCAAAAGUGAAGAAAUUUGCAGUAGCGGAGGGGAAACACGCCAAGUUUCGCUGCUUUGUAACAGGGAAGCCGAAACCUGAGAUCAUCUGGAAGAAAGACGGAGUUCCCCUAGAGCCCGACAGACGUCAUCUGAUAUUUGAGGACAGAGAGGGCUACUACACCCUGAAGGUGCUGUACUGUAAAGUGCAGGACACAGGGUUGUAUGUGUGUGCAGCAUCAAAUGCGCUGGGAAACACCCUAAGUGCCGUUCACCUGUCCGUCAAAGGCCCUGCCGUGCGGUUCAGGCGCCCGUUAAAAGACGUGGAGGUGAAAGAGCGGGACGUUGCUGUGCUUGAGUGUGAGGUACCUGAUGAGUCACUCCCAGCUGCCUGGUACCUGGAAGACCAGAGGCUGAUGCCCAGCAGUAAAUAUGGGAUGGAGCAGAAAGGAACCAAACGAAGACUCACUAUUCACGAUGUGGGAACAGACGAUGAUGGAGUCUACCUCUGUGAGAUGCCUGAUGGAGCAAAGAGCAUUGCUGAGCUCUCAGUUAAAGGUACUAUUGUUCGUAAGCUUCCCCGAAAGCUGGAGGUCCUGGAGGGUGAGAACGCAGCCUUCUGCGUGGAGGUGGAGAACGACGACAUGGAGGUCCACUGGUUCAAAGACGGGUUGAAGCUACAUGAAACACACCAAACAAUCCUCAAGUCUUUUGGCAAAACUCACAUUCUGGUCUUUGUCAACGUUGCCUAUCACGACUCGGGAGUUGUGACAUUUGUCGCAGGACGAUCCAAGACUUCAUCACGCCUCAAGGUCAAAGCCACACGACACUGCCCACCUAUCUGUCCGGUGGGAGUCAAAAUGGAUGUAGACAGACCCAACAGUGCGCUACUUACCUGGGAUCCCGCCCCCAGUAGUCAGACCUCCACCCGCUCUGUGUUUGUGCUGGAGAUGCAAGAAGUGGGUUCUCAGGAAUGGCAGAAGUGUUUCACCUCAGAGACCGCCACCUCAGCUGAGGUCACCGGUGACAGUGUACCAUGCGAGGGCAACUACCGUUUCAGAGUUUGCUGCAUUAACAAAUAUGGACGAAGCGGCCAUGUGGAGUUUCCCAAAGUUGUCCAUCUGGUUCCUGGGCCCAAGAUCCUCAGCCGCCUCCAAAGCUGUGAGGUUGUAGAAGGACAAGAUGCUCACUUCUCCAUUGAAUUGUCUGCCCCAAUGGUUGGAACCUGGUUUCUCAGUAGUGCUCAACUGCAGCACGGCGGACGAUAUUCAAUACAACACAAUCAAACAAAGCACUCAGUGGUGAUCCAUGAAAGUCACAUGACAGAAGAUGAAGCAGAGGUCACCUUCAUAGCUAACGGAGUCAGGGAUUCCGCUGUGCUCAACGUUAAACCUGCCGUGAUGAAAUUCAGUCCUCUGUCAGAGUUAGACAGCAACAAAAAGGUGGACAUAGGGGAUGCCAUUGUACUCUACUGUGAAGUCUCCCACCCGUUUGCAAAAGUAUCCUGGUUCAAAGAUGGCAAGGAGCUUCAGGUCUCAGAUGGUCUAAACAUCCAGGCGGAUGGGAAUAUGAGGAGGAUCGUGAUCCAGUCAGCUGAGGAAUCUCACUCUGGAGUUUACACAUGUGAAACUUCAGGGGAUAUCAUUACAUUCAAUGUGGAUGUUGCAGAUCCUCUGGUGGAGUUCAGUCCGGUUGCUGAGGAUGAACUUCAUAAGAGCAGCAUGGAGUUGGACCCUGUGGUGUUGGUCUGCCAUGUCUCCAGAGAUGAUGCUGAAGUUGUGUGGUAUAAAGACGGCUGUGAGAUCAAGCCCAGUGACAACAUAACUCUGCAGGCAGAAGGAACCAUGAGGAGGUUAAUUAUCCGCUCUGCAGAAACCUCAGAUGCUGGAAGUUAUACUUGCCAGGCAGGAAACAGCAGCAUGGAGUUCACAGUCAAUGUCCGAGAGCCUCCAGUGAUGAUAGUGGAACCUAAAGACGAUGUGGUGAUGGAGAGCUACAUCUCAGAGGAGAUCCACCUGCAGUGCGAGCUGUCUCGCUCCAGGGGAAAGGUGCGAUGGUUCAAGGAUGGCCUGCAGGUGGCAGAGAGUGAAAACAUCCAGCUGAUAUCAGAAGGCCCUUACAGGAGGCUGACAAUUCUCUGCAGCUCAGAGGAGGAUGCUGGAGAGUAUGUCUGUGAAACAGAUGGAGACUCCAUCUUCUUCCAACUUGGUGUUAAAGAUCCACCAGUAAGAAUCAUUUAUCCCAGUGAAUCAGAGCUGGAACUGACUCACUUGGCAUCAGAGAGGCUGGAGCUCAGCUGUGAGAUCUCAAAGGCGGAUGCUCCCGUGCGCUGGUUCAAAGACGGUCUAGAAGUAGAGGCAGAGCACUUGAUCCUGGAGGUGGACGGGGCCCAACGGAGGCUCAUUAUACCCAUAACCACUGUGCACGACACGGGGGAGUAUGUAUGUGACACAGAAGAUGACUCUUUGGCUUUCCUAGUAACUAUUACAGAGCCACCAGUAACGCUAACUUGCCCCAAAGACACAGCUGACAAACUGGAGAGUCUUGCUGGCAAACCAGUCAUUCUAGAGAUCGAGGUGUCCCGACCAAAUGCAGAAGUCAAGUGGCUGAUAAAUGGUGAAGAAAUUCAGCAAAGCAGCAAUGUCACCAUCACAGAAGAUGGGCUCAUUCGUCGCUUGACAAUUCACUCUCCCACUCCUGAGGAUUCUGGCAAAUACACUUGUGAUGCUAUGGAUGAUAAAAUUGAUUUCCAGGUUAAAGUUUCAGAGCCACCAGUGAAGAUUUUAAGAAAGUCAGAGAUCAAGAACAACCUAAAGUUCUUGAUUUCUGAUGACAUUGUGCUGGAGUGUGAGCUCUCCAGAGCCAAUGCUGUCGCCAAAUGGUACAAGGAUGGCUGUCGUGUUCAGGGUGAUGAAAGGUUCUGUGAAGAGGAAGAAGGUGCUUUCCGCUCGCUCGUCAUCCUUAAUGCUGAACUCGAAGAUUCAGGAGAAUACUUUUUGGAUGUCGGAGAUGACAGUAUCAGCUUCCAAGUUACAGUAGAAGAGCCUCCAGUGACCAUUGUUGGAAACUCAAAUGACCUUGAAUACCAGGAAAUGAUGGCAGGCGAUGACCUGAUCCUGGCCUGUGAGGUAUCUCGUGCUAAUGCCCCUGUCCAGUGGUAUUGUAAUGACAGGCUUCUCACCAGUGAUGACCGGACCUAUAUUGAAAGCUAUGGGACACUGAGGAAAAUCAUCAUUUCCUGUGUUCAGCCUUCCGAUUCUGGAAAGUAUGUGUGUGACGCUGUGGAUGACAAGAUGGUCAGCGUUAUACGCAUUCAAGUGCCCCGAGUCAUUGAGUUCCUCACUGAACUCCACAACACUACUGUGCUGGAAGGAGAAGAUGCCACCUUUAAGUGUGUGGUUUCCCCAGAGGAUGUCCAGCUGGUCUGGCUCAUGGACAAUGAGCCUAUCACUCUGGGUGAUCAUUUCCAGACAACCCACAAUGGCCUGUGCCACACCUUGGUGAUUAAAAAGUGCCAGAUGCUGGACUGCUCAAAAAUUACAGCAGAAGCUGAAGGACAAAUGAGCAAAGCCAGUCUCAAAGUUCAGGAGGCUCAGGUCAUGUUUACUAAGAAAAUGGAAGCUGUUAUGGCAGAGGAGUUUGGUGAUGCCACCUUGGAGACAGAGAUUAGCCUGGAGGUCGGUGAGGUCCAGUGGAUGAGGCAGGGGGUGGUUAUCCAGUCUGGUCCCCGACACACGCUGGCCCAGAACGGCUGCAAACGCAGUCUCACCAUCCACAACCUGACUCUGUCGGACAGGGGGACUUACCGGUGCGAGACUCUGCAUGACCGGACGCAGGUCAAACUCAAUGUAGAACCCCGUAAAAUCGCCAUCCGCAAAGGUCUGACUGACCAAGAAACCUUUGAACGAGAGACUGCCUCCUUUGUGGUGGAGCUGUCGCACACAGAUGUGGAGGGCAGCUGGCAAAAGGACGGCAUUCGGGUCAAGCCAAACAACCAGUGUAGGGUGAGCACCAAUGGACAAGUCCACGGCCUCACCUUGUCCAACCUUACUCUGGAGGACACAGGCACCAUCGUCUUCUCAGCUGAAGGAGUGCGCACCACAGCGAGGCUCACAGUCAAAGAAACACCAGUGUCCAUCUUGAAACCACUGGCUGAUGCCCGUGUGGAGGAGGAAUUUCCUGUCACCCUGGAGUGUGAAUUCUCCCGACAAAAUGUUGAAGUCCGAUGGUUUAAGGACGGGUUGGAGCUAAAGCCGGGGAAAAACUGUCGGAUCUACUCAAUGGGUCGUAAGAGGUUCUAUCAAAUCCUGCAGUGCUCCCGGGCAGAUUCUGGCACCUACACAUGCGACACAGGGGAAAUCAAAACAUCCUGUUCGCUGGAGGUUUAUGAGCAUGAGCUGGAGAUAGUGCAGGAUUUGGAGGAUCUUUACAUCCAGGAGGACCAGAAUGCCGUCUUCAUGUGUGAGGUUUCUCUGGAGGACGUGACGGGGGAGUGGUACAAAGACGACCACAGGAUCCGACCAACCAGCUCCAUCAAGAUCCGCACUGAAGGGACCAAACACUUCCUGCUGAUGUGUAACGUUAAAGCUGAAGAUGCUGGAGAAAUCCGCUUCGUAGCCAGGGAUGUUGAAUCUACUGCCUACCUUGAGGUAGAGGAACUUCCAGUUUCUAUUGUAAAGCCCCUGCGAGACAGAACAGCUCUGGAGAAACAUCGUGUGAUCCUUGAAUGCACCGUUUCCUCGCCUCACUGCAGCGCUACCUGGUACAAAGGCAGGGAGGAACUGGUUUCCUCAGACCGACUGGAAAUCCUGGCUGAUGGCUGCUCCCACAAACUGGUGAUUCAGCAGGUGUCUGUGGAGGAUGAGGGCACCUAUAGCAUUGAGGUCGGGGAGCACACCUCCAAAGCCAAACUGAUGGUGGAAGCCCAGGCUCUUGUGAUGGUGAAAGAGCUAGAGGACGUGGAAGUGAUGGAGGGAGAGCCGGCGACUUUCCAGUGUGAGUUAUCAGUCGCCAUAAAUAAGCCUCCGGUUUGGACUUUGAAUGGAGAGAACCUUAAGCCAGGGCCCUCUGUCCGCCUGGAAAACCACGGGACAGUCCACAAACUCAUCCUGAAGAGCACCAGCGUGGACAUGAGCGGCACGGUGAAGUUUACCAUGGGAAAGGCAAAGAGCAGCGCCACGCUCAGCGUAACAGGAUGA